AUGGGCAGAGCGUGUCCUACGCCAUGCUCAAGUUCCCCUCCGAAUCCAUCAACCCACCCCAUACACCCUCGUGCAGCAGAGCUACUGCUCGUCCUUCACGGUGCGCUCUCCGUUGGCUUCGUCGACACGGCUGGCAAGCUCUACACUCAGGACCUAGCCGUCGGCGACAUGUUCAUAUUCCCCAAGGGUCUGGUGCACUAUCAGUCCAACCCAGGGCAAAGCCCCGCAGUUGCACUCUCGGCAUUCGGUAGCGCCGCCGCGGGCACCGUGUCUGUUCCUGUUACCGUGUUUGGUACUGGUGUUGACGAUGCGGUGCUCGCCAAGUCCUUCAAGACUGACAUGCCCACCGUGCAAAAGCUCAAGGCGGCACUCACUCCGCCAGCAAAGAAAUGA